AUGUCAGACUUUCAAUCAGCACUACUCACUGUACGAACAUCAAACCUAUCAUCCACUGCAAAUGGUACACACUUUGAUGUUGAUCCACCCAAUGUACCAUGGGACAGUAUCGGUGGCUAUGAACAAGUUAAACAGAGAUUCCAAGAGAUCAUUGAAUGGCCAUUACUACACUCAGAUACAUUCAAGAGAUUGGCACUUGGUUCGAAUGGAGCAUCAUCAGGUGUACUACUAUACGGUCCAUCUGGAUGUGGCAAGACACACAUGGUCAAAGCAGUGGCCACACGUAUGAAUGUAAACUUUAUCUCUGUAAAGGGUUCAGACAUACUGUCCAAAUGGCUCGGAGAGAGUGAACGAAUCAUUCGUGAACUGUUUGCAAGAGCACGUCUAUCUGCACCAUGUAUACUAUUCUUUGAUGAAUUGGAUUCGAUUGGUUUAUCAAGGUCUGGUGGUGGUGGCGAUGAUGGAGACUCAUCUGGUGGCGGAGGUGUACAGAACCGAGUGAUCACUCAACUACUCAACGAGAUGGAAGGUAUACAGACAAAGGCACAGAUCUUUUUGAUUGGAUGUACUACUAGGUUGGAUCUGCUGGACGUUGGACUACUGAGACCAGGUCGUUUCGAGACACAGAUCAAUGUCGAGUUGCCCAAUGAACAUGAUCAUUUUUCUUUCGUUUGUGGUGAUCGGCCCUGA